AUGGCAUCAAAAAGCACUACCAGCAUCAAGCCUUCAAAGAAAAAGAAGCUGAAUGAUUCAUCGGCAAAGAAAGUAAGCGUGAGAAGUACUUCCGAGGCUGAGGAAACGGUCAGUAUCUCCAAAGCAUCUUCCUCAGACGAGGCAGAAAGUGAUGUCGAUGCGAAAGACGAACAAGAACAAGAACAAGAACAAGAACAAGAAAAAGAAGAAGAACAACAACAACAACAACAACAACAACAAGAGCAAGAGCAAGUAAAUGAUGAAAUCGACGAAGAAGGUGUCACGUCUGAAGAAAUCGAAGAACAGGACGAGGAUGACUUCCCAAGGAAGAAAAAGUCUUCCAACUCAAAGCACGACGAUGGUUCAGAGUCAUUUUCCAACGCUCUGUCCAAUAUUUUGUCAUCUCAUCUAAAGUCCUACGACCGUAAGGACCCAAUCUUGGCUAGAAAUAAGAAGGUUCUAAAACAAAAUGAAGCGGAUAAGCUUGAAUUAAAAGCUAGAAAGGCCCUUCUCGCUGAGAAAAAACAGCUGUUGAACAAAGCUAGAAAGAGAGACAUUCUCCCCGUUGCGUCGUCAGAAGAAGAUCCCACUAUCAUCAGGCUUACUCUAGAAAAAGAGCGCAAACUGAGGAAAAUAGCUCAAAAAGGUGUGGUGAAACUAUUUAAUGCCAUUUUGUCCACCCAGGUGAAAACCGAGAAAGAGAUUGAAACAAAUCUGGCCAAUGUCAAGAAUAGAAAAGAAAGGAAAGAGCUAAUAACAGAGGUCUCGAAGGAAAGGUUUCUGGAUCUAGUUAAAGCCGCCGGUGAUAGCUAG